AUGGGCUUCUCGAUCUCGCUGCUGUGGGCUCAGCCAGAGGUCAAUCCGAUCAACGGCAAGGCUCGCUCGAUUCCAGUCCUCAACCCCAUCAACAAAUAUGGACGAGUGUUCUUCUUCUCCUGGUUUGGUUUCUUGCUGGCUUUCUGGUCUUGGUACGCCUUUCCACCACUCCUUCACGACGUGAUUGCCAAGGACCUCCACCUCAGCGCGAACGAAAUCAGCAACUCAAACAUCAUUGCCCUGGUAGCCACUCUCUUGGUCCGACUGGUAGCUGGACCCGCCUGCGAUCGCUUCGGACCAAGAUGGACAUUCGCAGGUUGUCUCCUCAUCGGCGCCAUCCCUACCUUCCUCUCAGGCACAGCUUUCAACGUCGCCGAGCUCUACGCACUGCGCUUCUUCAUCGGCAUCCUCGGCGGCAGCUUCGUCCCCUGCCAGGUCUGGACCACCGGCUUCUACGACAAGAACGUCGUCGGCACCGCCAACUCCCUCACCGCAGGCCUGGGUAACGCCGGAGGAGGCAUCACCUACUUCGUCAUGCCCGCCGUCUACGACAGCCUCGUCAAAGACGGCCUCACCCCCCACGUCGCCUGGCGCGUAGCCUUCAUCGUCCCCGGCGUCCUGAUCACAGCCGUGGCCCUCGCCCUCCUCUUCUGCUGCCAGGACACCCCAACAGGCAAAUGGUCCGAACGCUUCCAAGCCGCCGAGGAGAACAUGUGCCGCCAAAGCGCUCAAGAAACCAUCGUCGACGUCCCCGGCGGCAUCACCGCCGCAGGUAAACGCUCCGGCUCCUCCAGCCCCGCCAACACCGACGAGAAGAAAGUCGACCCCACCGGCGGCGCCUCCCCAGCAGACAUGGAGACGCAAACCGGCUCCCAGCAGAUCCUCGCCACCGCCCGCGGCGAGGUCGUCCAGAAACCCUCUUUCAAGGAUAUCGCGAAAAUCUGCGCCUCCCCGCAGACCUGGAUGCUCGGCGCUUGCUAUUUCUGCACCUUUGGCGGCGAGCUCGCCAUCAAUAGCAUCUUGGGCACAUAUUACGGGAUCCAGUUCAAAGCGGAUAACCUCUCGCUGCAGGAGUCGAGCAACUGGGCGGCGAUGUUUGGGUUGAUGAAUGCGCUUUUCAGACCUCUGGGUGGCGUUGUGAGUGAUUACGCCUAUCGAUCGACGAAGAGCGUGUGGGCGAAGAAGAUCCUCCUACACACCUACUCCAUCAUCGCGGGAGCCUUCCUGCUGGCUAUCGGGUUGACCAACCCCACCGACCUGGCGACGUUGGUUUGUCUCGUUGGUGUUGGGUUUGCGUUCUUCUUGGAAGGCGCGAAUGGACUGAACUUCUCCGUCGUGCCACAUGUGCACCCUCAUGCGAACGGUGUUGUAUCGGGAUUCACGGGCGCGGCUGGUAAUCUUGGUGGAAUCAUCUUUGCCAUCAUCUUCCGGUACAACUACAAGGACUAUGCCCGGUCGAUCUGGAUUAUUGGGGUGAUCAUGAUUGCGAUCAAUGUGGCGGUUUGCUGGAUCAAGCCUAUCCCCAAGGGCCAGAUUGGUGGGAGGUAG